AUGACGGGGGGCUCUGGCUCCGGCAUGUGUGGAGGGACCUCCCUCUGGCCUUGGCCUGGGCAGGGCCAGCAGCCAGAAGCAAGGGCCCUGGGCUCGCUCGUCGAGGCGGGGUCCGGGAAGGCGGUGGCAUCGCCAGAACUCCGUGAGCAGGCUCCAGGGGCCCUGUGCCCACUGCUGGGACCAGCCAGGCCCGUGUGGGGCUCUGCUUGGGAGGGUGCGGCGGCUCUCCCGUGCCUCAAGGCGGGGCGUCUGGUGUGGAGCGAGGAACUCCCCGAGCUUUCCUCGCUGCUGUGGGAGGAGGAGGAUGUCCGAGAACCUGUGUCCCCCAGCAGCCUGCAGGACAAGGUGAAGGGGACCGACGUGGGUGUGCCGGCCUCCAGACGACAGCCCUGGAGCGACGGAGUCCAGGGCCGCAGGGCCCGACAGCCCAAGCUGCACAACCGAGGAGUGAAGGUGCAGCCCUGCGGGCCGCUGCAACCUCCCUCUUUCCUUGCAGGGGACGGAGACCCCAACUGGGGCGCACCAUGGGCGCACGAGCCCACGCAUCAGAUACGAAAGAGUACCUUUCAAACCUUCAGGGAAGAAGUGUACUUCCCGGGUCAGCCGGUAUACCUGGGCCGCCCUGUUGCCCUCCAGGAGCAUGCCUGCUGCGAGUGUCAGGUCACGUUCCGGGGCCACUGGCCUGUGCCCAGGGCCGAGGCAGCACUGCCUUACUGGGUCCCUCUGUCCCUGAGACCUCAAAAACAGAGUCACAAGACGGUCCGGUUUUGUAUCCCCAAAGCCAUCAAGACAUGCACCUGCCCGUGCCACCACUUUGGGGGCCGCCUCCCGCUGCCCAGGAACCGGGCCGUGAUGCCGUACUGGGUGCCUCGGGGGCUGAGGUCUCAGAGGAAGGUGAUAAGAAAGCAGCGGAAUCAUCGUAAAGCCCUGCAAGACACCCCCCUGGACCUGCGCUCCCGGCACAACCGCUGGCGGAUCUGCUGUAGUGGGCGCCCCCUGAUCAAGUGGCAGCAGCUCCAGGCUGUUCACCAGGACGAGCUGCUGGCCCUGGGGAGGGCAGCCAGUGCCCCGGCCCCGUUCCUGACCCUCCUGCAGGCCUUCCUGAGGGUCAUCAUGGCCAUUCGCCAUUAUUUUUGGAUUUGAAGUUGGACUCUUCAACUACUGUCAAGAACACCAGCGGAAAUACCAGCCACCAUCAAGUUCCUCAGCCAGAGUCCUCAGGUCAGGAGGGGCCUGUGAUCCCGCUGUUUGCCCCUAUCAUCUAGUUCACACCCACGAGUCCAUCCAAGUUAUGUGUCGGGCGAUUCUUAACUGUAGCAGAGUU